ACACACACACACACACACACACACACACACUCUGUCUCUGUAGAUACACUCUGUUACUCACUCACGCACGCACGCGAGGUUAGCGUUGUGAGAUCUCAGCUAGAUGAAAAUGAGCUCGUCGCUUCCCAAGAGCGAAUCUACGACAAUAAUCGGAUCCUCCGCUCACCGUCAGCAUCAGCAUCAGCAUCUCCAGCAUCCACAGCAUCUCCAGCAUCAACAGCAUCCGCAGCAUCACCGGCACACCGGAAACACGGAGCCCGCGGAAGGCGCACGCGGAUGCGCCAGUCGCGGCCGUAGGGCUCAGCGCAAGGUGGAGAAAGUGGUGGAGGAGGAGGAGGAGGACACGGCGAGACGCAAGCUGCCGGGUCAUGGCCCCAAGAGCGAGAAAAGUCCGAGGCGUUCGGCCAUAUCCGGAUCGUUCUUCCAGCCCAAGGAGAGACCUCAGAGGGGUUCGAACCGAAGCCCAAACCCGAGACCGAGCCCCAACCAGGCGUCCGCGUGCGCAGGGGGGUCGGGGGGACGCACGCGCGCCAAGGCGCCGGACGAGGAGCUGCGCCCGAUCAUCAAGUCGGUCUUCGGACAGGACCGAGAGCUGAGACCCGAAGAACUGGAUGAGCUCAAAGAAGCUUUUCAGGAGUUUGAUAAGGACAAAGACGGCCUGAUUAACUGUAAGGAUCUGGGGGUCUGCAUGAGGACGAUGGGUUACAUGCCUACAGAGAUGGAGUUGAUUGAAUUAAGUCAGCGGGUCAACAUGAACAUGGGAGGUCACGUGGAUUUCGAAGACUUUGUGGAACUGAUGGGACCAAAACUGUUAGCAGAAACGGCCGAUAUGAUCGGAGUAAAGGAGCUCAGAGACGCUUUUAAAGAGUUCGACGCUAAUGGAGACGGUCAAAUCAGCACAUAUGAACUACGAGAGGCCAUGAAGAAACUGCUGGGACAACAGGUUAGACAUAAAGAAUUAGAGGAUAUCCUGAAGGACAUUGAUCUUAAUGGUGAUGGACAUGUGGAUUUUGAAGAGUUUGUUCGAAUGAUGUCACGCUGACACGCAGGAAUGUCUGAUCAGAUCGGAGAGACGUUUCUAAGCUGAAGCAGGAGAUCAGCAUGGAGGAGAUAAGAAGGGAUGUCUUGAAUACAACCUCUGACCUCUGACCCUGCAAAGAAGCAUGAAAGCCCUUUAUAUCUCCUUUAUAAAGACUACUGGCUGAGCAAAAAAAAAAAACGAUGCUGCAACAAACCGUUUUAUAUCCGGCUUUAAACCAAGCACAUCUUCCGGAUGAUAAUCAACAUAUCGCUACAAUACUGUGAAAUUCUUGCCAGGAGAAUCCGAGCAAGACACCACGUGGAACGGAUAUGCAAUAUAACGAUUUUUGUGUCUGUGUUUCUGUGAAGAUGUCCGUUCCAUCGUCAGAGUGAGUGUGUGAAGCCCAUCUUAGAUGUAGGAAUGUGUGUCCUUUAGGAACCAUUUAAAGUAGCUUUUUAUACUGGACAAGCAUGGCCAGCCGUGCAGCGAGGGUCACGCAUGCAACCCACUAAACUCCUGCUAGAUAUUAAAAGAGCACAUUGAGACUAAUCUCCACUAAGAUAAUGGGAGAACCAGUAGAAAUGACCGAUAUCAAAUACAAAACAAAACAAAAGUUUGCGUAAAGCAAAAAAAGCACAACACGGGAUUUUGUUUUGUUUUUUUCCCCAAGCUGAUAUUAUAAGAUUCUGAGAUUCAGUGCAUGAAUGAGUUUCAGUUACUACAGUUCCAUAUAGUAACAUCACAAGAUUAAACCAAAUCUGCACAUUGUUCAUUCGUUCAUCGUUCAUUUAACAGUUUUGUGUUUUCUUUUAAAACAAUAUACAAAUCUAUUUACACACAUCCCAAAAAACAUAGCAUACGAGGUUGUAUCAAAAAGUUUCGAGACACACCAACAGAUGGCAGCACAGGGCUGCACGCACAGUCACAGGAAGCACUUUCCUUCAUAAGUCAGUGUGCCAAAAAGCUGUUGUCCUGUGUACACCAGGAGCUGUGCAACCGGUGCUGUUCUGACCACGUCGCCGAAAUCUCCUCACAAGUGAGUUUCUCCCUGGAAACAACAUGAUCUCACUUCCGCACCAACUCUACUUACCAGGAUUGGCUCUUGUGGACUUCGUCCUCCUUCUAAAGAUGAAGAUCCGGCUCCCAGUUUUGGCACCGUUGAGGAGAUCCGGUGCGAAUCGCAGAAGAUGCUUGACACACUUCGAAAAGAAGACUUCCAGGACACGUUCCAGAAGAACGCUGGGGACGCUGUAUUACUGUGAAGGUGAUCGUGUGGAAAUGUAGAUAAAUAAAAUACUUUUUUAUAAACAGAGCGAAUCUCCAAGCUUUUUGAUACCACCUCGUACUCUCAACGUUCACAUUUUCAGGAACAUAUACACACCUGAUUAUUCAUGCAAUUAUCCAAUUAUUUGACAGCAACACAAAUAAUGGAGAUACAAAGCCUUAAAGCCCCCGUUUCCAAUCUUCAGUUCUCCAGUUUUGGUGAGGCUGCUACAACAUGACUGGUUGUGAAGAUAGUUGCAUGAAUACUCAGGUUUCUGUCUGAUAAAUGCGUAUAAAAGAUAUGAAAAGGCUGGUCACUAAGAUCCUUUAUGUAAAUAGCAGCAAUAAUGAGAUCAUUUUUUAAAUAUAAAUGUAUAUAUAAUAAUAAAUUGUGAAGAAUAUGCACGUAAUGUUGCUUCAGCUGUAAAAUGGACUGCAUUUUGUGAUACACUCUUAAAUAUCCAGGUGAUAUAACCAUGCAACUGACCAUCCAUGCUUUUGGUUUACUUAAACAUCCCUUUUAUACAUUAUACACUCCAAAACAUAUAAAUAUUCCAUAAUACACUUUUAUUUAGGUAUUUAUUGGAGGUAACAUCACUGAUAGAACACAUUAGAAAUCAAUCAAUUCAAACAAUGUGUCAAUUAAUAUAAUAAUGAAAAGGACAUCAAAAUAAUUAUAAUCAAAUAAAAAGUGUCUUGUGAUUUGCACCAGUGUGACAUACAGAAAAGUAAAGAAAUACUUCUUCAGGUCAUAUAUUUUACAGAAAUAGAGAAAUAGUCAUUAUAUGGCUUCGUUCCUUUGUUUAUAUUCCAGCACCUUCAUUUUUAAGAGUGUCAUGUUAGUCUUUUAGCUGGGGUUUGGGUUAGUUAGCAUGGAGAACUAGCAAAUUCAUGUGUAUAUUAGCGAUGCAGAUUAGCAAAGAACAAGAAAAAAAACUUAAAAUCACCAAUCCUACACUUUGCACUGUGCUCUACAUGGACUCCUUUGCACUUCUAAGGGAUGUAUCUCAUUAUAGUCUGAUGAAACGUCCCCCUAAGUAAACGUCAAGCCGUUUAGGGUAUGAGACACUCGAAUAAAGGCACCUAGUGUACAGUCUAGUGCAUUAGAUCAGCAAUGCAUCUUAUGCACAAGCUCACUGUAUGUGCAACCAGCAGGUAUUUGGAAUACAGCUUCCUAUUCAGGUCUCGAAAGCACUACAUGGAGAAUAAUGUACAGAAUAAAAGCACCUACGCUCUAUGUCGAGCUCUAGGAGUCCACCACAUAGAGAAUCUGAAAAGAUUUCUAAACCCUAUGUGGUGCAUUAAACCCAAAAUGGAGACGUUCGCCUUCCAUUCGGCUCUGUAAUAAAUCCACAUGUACACCACGGUGAGGAGAAAGCAACAGUACUUACACUCUCUCUGUGCACUGCACAUAAAAUGUGACGCAGUUUUCAUAUGAGGAAAAUCAAAAGAACAAUUAUUUAUAGGGGGGAAACCUCAUGGCUGUCUGUCCGGUGUUGUGUUUUUAUCUCCUGCAUGAAAUAUAAUGUUGAUCCAGACUUGUAAAUGUGUGCAUUUUGAUCUUUACUGUGAGUGCUGACAAUCUGUUCAACAUAUUACACCUCAAAAGAAGAAAAAAAGAAAAAAACAUACAUGUGUGUGAGAAAGGAGAAAAGAGUGUUUAUUUUUGUCCUCCUUUAAAGUGUCUUCAAUUUGUUCAGGUUUGUUUCAGUUGUAUGAUUCUAUGCAUGUCAAUUUUAAUAAAGGCUUAUGUUAUGAA